AUGGUCCAUCUCUCUGUUGCUUUCCUCGGCCUGGUUGCCGCCUCAGUUAGCGCGUCGCCUGUCUUGUACAAGCGCAUCGCUCAAAACAUUGCGGACUCGACCGCCAAAUGGGAACAAGCUUGUCUUGCUGCAGGUGGAGGUCAACAAUGCAACCCCCUUUCCGUGACCGCUUUCACAACUCUUCUCGCUGCUGCUGGUCCUUGUGAACAGCAGGAUGCUGCAGACAACCUUUUGAGCCUUGGUAAACAGCUGAACAGCAACGACAUGAUCACCUUGGCUCAGAUCUUUGCCCAACAGCCCAGGAACAGUCCCAACUCCGUUGCCAUUCCUUACUGUCAAACUCCACCGAAAAAUGCGGAGCUCAAUGGGCUUUUCCAGUGUCAAUUCGCUGGAUCUAACCAGAAGCUCUUUGCUGGUAAUGUGGCCGUAGGUGGCGCUGGGACCAUCCCGUUGGGCCUUUCUGCACCAUUGAACCCUCCAGGCUCGUGCCCCGCUAAUCCCUCAGGUCCUAUCGCCGACGGAACACAACUUGUCGAUAUUACCACCAACCCCCGGGCAGACGGAAGUGCUCCCCCACCUGCUGCCACCACUGUAGCUGCACCUCCCGCUGAGACUACCGUUGCUUCCCCUCCCGCUGCGACUACUGUUGCUGCUCCCCCUGCCUCGACUGCUGCUCCCAGCGGAGGAGACUUUAAACUUGCCAACGGAAAGGCCGCUCAGGCGUUGAAUGCCAAGUUCCUUACUCUGACUGCUGACUCACCUUGCACUGCUGGUGAAAACGCCUGUGUUGGAACUGCUUUCGCCCAGUGUGUUGGUGGAAAAUUCGUCACCCAGUCUUGCGGUGCUGCUCCCCUCACUUGUGCUGCUCUUCCUCUCGUUAACUCGCCCGGAACCUCCAUCACUUGCACCACCCUUGCUGAUGCUGCCGCCCGUAUUGCCGCGACUGGAGCCACUGGCGGCGUGAUUGGAUCUGGCAACGGUCAAACUGACAACACCCCUGUCACCACCGCUGCUCCUCCCGCUGCCACUACUCCCGCGACUACCCCUUCUACUCCAUCCACUGGCUUCGCUCUUGCCAACGGAAAGGACGCCCAAGCUCUCAACGCCAAGUUCGCCACUCUCACCGCUGACUCUGCCUGCACCGCCGGCGAGAACGCCUGCAUCAACGGCGGCUUCGCCCAGUGCGUCAACGGCAAGUUUGCAGUAACUGGCUGUGCUGGUGGAUUGACCUGCGUGGCUCUUCCCCUCGUCAACUCCCGCGGUACCUCCAUUACCUGCGACACCACCGCCGAUGCGCUUGCUCGCAUUCAGGCUACAGGCGCCACUGGAGGAAUCACCGGUGCAUAA